UAUCACACAUCAGCAUUGAUCACAAAUAUAUACAUAGACGUACAUACAUUAUCAAGCUAAUAAAUCUAAUCUGAAGACACAGUGCUUGCGGUGUAUUGUUUAGUCGUUUUUAAAAGCUUCGCCGUACAAGAAGUACGCGAGUUAAAAAACGAACUUAUUUUUAAUAACUAGGGUUAGAGGUACCGUGUUAAAGUGGAUUGUUCAGUGUUUACCGUUCUAUAAUAUUUUCUGGAGUUAAAUAAUUAUAAAUAAGUAAUAUUGAAGGAUUAAUUAUAAAAUAUGAGUGGAUUAUUAAAGCUCUCGUCUCUUCUCUCGGGACAACCCGCUAGAGUUCUGAAUAAACUGGGAUUGCCGGUGGUAUCGAACCGAAGCUUCCAUCACACACCAAACGGCAAUGCAAAAUCAUCGGACGCUAUCUCCAAGCAGUACCCAGUAGUGGAUCACUCGUAUGACGCCGUGGUAGUGGGAGCGGGAGGCGCUGGCCUGAGAGCGGCUUAUGGUCUGGUAGCAGAAGGAUUUAAAACAGCAGUAAUCACUAAAUUAUUCCCUACAAGAUCCCACACCGUCGCGGCCCAGGGUGGAAUCAAUGCAGCUCUGGGUAAUAUGGAAGAAGACAACUGGCAGUGGCAUAUGUACGACACUGUCAAGGGGUCAGAUUGGCUUGGAGAUCAAGAUGCCAUCCACUAUAUGACCCGCGAGGCCCCCAAAGCUGUAAUUGAGUUGGAGAAUUGCGGAAUGCCUUUCAGCCGAACCCAAGAUGGAAAAAUAUAUCAACGUGCAUUUGGAGGUCAAUCUUUAAAAUUCGGAAAAGGCGGCCAAGCUCACCGAUGCUGUUGUGUAGCAGAUAGAACAGGGCAUUCCUUGCUCCACACUCUCUACGGUCAAUCAUUAAGUUAUGACUGCAACUACUUCGUUGAGUACUUCGCCCUAGAUUUAUUAAUGGAAGGCGGAGAAUGUCGUGGAGUGAUCGCAUUGUGCCUCGAAGACGGUACUAUCCACCGGUUUCACGCAAAGAACACAGUCUUGGCGACUGGAGGCUACGGCCGAGCUUACUUUUCGUGUACGUCGGCUCACACCUGCACCGGAGACGGCACUGCGAUGGUCACCCGGGCUGGUCUGCCAAACCAAGACCUAGAAUUUAUCCAGUUCCACCCCACAGGAAUCUACGGCGCGGGAUGUCUGAUCACCGAGGGAAGUCGAGGAGAGGGUGGUUACCUGGUAAACAGCGAGGGCGAGCGGUUCAUGGAGCGAUACGCCCCAGUAGCCAAAGACUUGGCCUCGCGAGACGUAGUUUCGAGAUCUAUGACCAUCGAGAUCCGUGAGGGACGUGGAGUAGGUCCUGAGAAGGAUCACAUUUUCUUGCAAUUGCACCACUUACCCCCAGAGCAGCUCGCAGCCAGGCUCCCGGGUAUCUCCGAAACCGCAAUGAUCUUCGCCGGAGUCGACGUCACUCGUGAGCCCAUCCCCGUGCUGCCCACGGUGCACUACAACAUGGGUGGAGUUCCUACGAAUUACAAAGGACAGGUUCUGACGACCACGAACGGCGAAGACGCGGUCGUUCCUGGGCUUUACGCCUGCGGAGAAGCUGCUUCUGCCUCUGUACACGGUGCUAAUCGGCUAGGUGCUAAUUCUCUGCUAGAUUUGGUAGUUUUUGGACGCGCUUGUGCUAUUACCAUCUCCCAGGAGAACAAACCUGGUGAAAAAGUCGGGCCACUUAGUCCGAAUGCUGGAGAAGCGUCAAUCGCAAACUUGGACCAUGUUAGACACGCAAGUGGGUCUAUCUCGACAGCGACUCUGAGAUUGCAGAUGCAAAAAUCUAUGCAAACUCAUGCUGCUGUUUUCAGAGAAGAAAAAACUCUUAAAGAUGGAUGCCGCAAGAUGUCUGAUAUCUACAAAAAAUUAGACGACCUUCAAUUAAGCGACCGAUCACUUAUUUGGAACUCUGAUUUGAUUGAAGCCUUGGAGCUUCAGAAUCUUAUGUUGAACGCCAUGCAAACUAUUUAUGCGGCUGAAAACAGAAAGGAAAGUCGCGGAGCUCACGCAAGAGAGGACUACAAGGAUAGGAUUGAUGAGUAUGAUUACAGCAAGCCUUUGGAAGGCCAACAAGCUAAACCUAUGGACCAACACUGGAGAAAGCACACGCUGACGAACAUGGAUCCCAAAUCUGGAAAGGUAUCCAUCGACUAUCGGCCAGUGAUUGACUCGACUUUGGAUAGUCAGGAAUGUGCAUCGGUACCUCCUGCAAUUAGAUCGUACUAGAAUAUUUACUAGUAAUUCUUAGACCGCACAUUUUGAUUUAAUUUUAAAAUAAUUUUCCAUCAAUAUUAUUAUACAUCUGAAAGAAUAAUUCACUUGAAAACUGAAAGUUUUUCGUAUUACAAAUUCAUUAAAAAUUAAAAAAAUAUCUACAUCACAAAAGAUCGCCAAAGUUUAAUACUGUAAGUCUACUCUGAAGUAAAGUCUGCUAAUGUUAUUAAAUAAAUACGGUUUAUUUAUAAUAUAAUGGUGCUGAUUAUUGUGUUAAUCAAAAAAGAAAUGGUAGAUCUUAUAAUUUGUUCAAUUCUUAGCACUAAAUUUUUAUUGUAUGACAAUGUUGUUUUAUACGCGGCGCUUUACUUAACAACGACAAGAUAACGAAGACAUUGAUAAUUUAAAGCAAUACUUUGGGAAUGAAUUUAUUUAAAUGAGUAUUGAUGGUUACGAUCAUUAAUUACUUUUACCUCUAUUUAAUUAAUAGACUAUUUUGUUUGUCAGUAUUUUUAGUCAUUUGAAUAAAAAGUCGACAUUGAAUAGUCGGAAAAAAUGUGUCAAGAUCUGGUAAUCACUUACGACAAUUUAUUAGGAAUCAAAUUAAAUGGUUAAUAUUGAUAAAUUUUAUUUUUAGUUAUUAAAAAUUAAUUGAAAUUUUUUAUCGAAAUAUUCUAUUAAAUUUAUAAAUUGUAAUGUCGUACGUUGCAUAAGACUGUAAAUAUUGUAAACGAAUAAAAAACAAAUUAUUACA